CGGCCGCCCAUGACUUCCAGCGAGAUCGCCAUGCCCGGCGAGGUGAAGGCCGACCCCGCCGCGCUCAUGGCCUCGCUGCAGCUCCUGCCGUCACCCACGCCCAACCUCGAGAUCAAGUACACCAAGAUCUUUAUUAACAAUGAAUGGCAGAACUCAGAGAGUGGGAGAGUGUUCCCUGUCUGUAAUCCAGCCACAGGAGAGCAAGUGUGUGAAGUUCAAGAAGCAGACAAGGUGGAUAUAGACAAGGCAGUGCAGGCGGCCCGCCUGGCCUUCUCUCUUGGUUCUGUGUGGAGAAGGAUGGACGCUUCUGAAAGAGGACGUCUGCUGGACAAGCUUGCAGACUUGGUGGAACGGGACAGGGCAACUCUUGCAACUAUGGAAUCACUAAAUGGCGGUAAGCCAUUCCUGCAAGCUUUUUACAUCGAUUUGCAGGGAGUCAUCAAAACCCUGAGGUAUUAUGCAGGCUGGGCUGAUAAAAUUCACGGAAUGACCAUUCCUGUAGAUGGAGACUAUUUUACCUUCACGAGACAUGAGCCCAUCGGAGUGUGUGGACAGAUUAUCCCGUGGAAUUUCCCCCUGCUGAUGUUCACCUGGAAAAUUGCUCCCGCACUGUGCUGUGGUAACACUGUGGUCAUCAAGCCUGCAGAGCAGACACCACUCAGUGCACUGUAUAUGGGAGCCCUCAUCAAGGAGGCUGGCUUUCCACCCGGGGUCGUCAACAUUCUGCCAGGGUAUGGGCCAACAGCAGGGGCAGCAAUAGCGUCUCACAUUGGCAUAGACAAGAUUGCAUUCACAGGCUCUACUGAGGUUGGAAAGCUUAUUCAAGAAGCAGCUGGAAGAAGUAAUUUGAAGAGAGUAACUCUGGAACUUGGAGGGAAAAGCCCUAAUAUUAUUUUUGCAGAUGCUGACUUGGACUACGCUGUGGAGCAGGCUCACCAGGGUGUGUUCUUCAACCAAGGCCAGUGCUGCACUGCGGGGUCUCGAAUCUUUGUGGAGGAGUCCAUCUAUGAGGAAUUUGUGAAAAGAAGUGUGGAAAGAGCCAAGAGGCGCAUUGUGGGGAGCCCCUUUGAUCCCACUACUGAGCAGGGUCCUCAGAUUGAUAAGAAGCAAUACAACAAAAUCCUGGAGCUCAUCCAGAGCGGUGUGGCCGAGGGCGCCAAGCUCGAGUGUGGAGGCAAAGGACUGGGAAGGAAGGGCUUCUUCAUUGAGCCUACCGUGUUCUCCAACGUUACAGAUGACAUGCGGAUCGCCAAGGAGGAGAUCUUUGGUCCUGUCCAGGAAAUUUUGAGGUUUAAGACUAUGGAUGAAGUUAUAGAAAGAGCCAAUAACUCAGACUUCGGGCUUGUAGCGGCUGUCUUCACUAAUGACAUCAACAAGGCUCUCAUGGUGUCCUCUGCAAUGCAAGCUGGGACAGUUUGGAUCAAUUGUUACAACGCCUUAAAUGCUCAGAGCCCCUUCGGGGGGUUCAAGAUGUCUGGAAAUGGGAGAGAAAUGGGUGAGUUUGGCUUACGGGAGUACUCAGAAGUAAAGACCGUGACGGUGAAGAUCCCCCAGAAGAACUCCUAAGAGGCCCAGGCCGAAGAGCACCAGUGUGCCAAGACUGCCACCUAUCACCAGGCCUCCUUCGUCAUGCCCUGUGGCCCGCCCGACGUCGGUUUACCACUCUUGCCUCACAACAAGUGAGCUUCAGCCUGCAGAAGGGGAGCUGUGAAGCAAGCCUGACUCUCCUUCCUUCCAACCCCACCCCCUUCCCUCUGCCUUCCAAUGAACCCCAUUUUGUGUGAGCAGCACUGGCUUCCUUCCCUUCUCUCCUGAGCUGCCAAAUCGAAGCCAGUCUCUAACCUGGGUGAAUACCAUUUAUUUAAUAAUGCCAAACAUAACCUAGGUGUAGAAUAUGGUCAUGUAUCUAUUGCCUUCUCUAUUUAAUGGUUUUUUGCUUUCUAACCAAACCAGUUUUCAGUUUUCUAUUUAUAACCUGCCUGUCCACGAUGUUUUCAAGCAAGCCCUCCAUACUGUUACUGACAAAUGAGGACAACGCGCUCAGCAGACAGCCCUGACAUGGGCUUUGAGUCCUUCCAGCAGGCGCCCUGCUCUUCCUACAGCGCACCCAUGUGAACACACGAUUAACCAGCUAGCUCCCUUCAACCCACAGUAUAGAAUGUGAAAAGGAAGAUUUAUGACUUUUAAUUUACUUCAAAAGAAACCUCGUGCUAGCAAUAAAGCAUUUAUAUUGUGUACACCUCG